CACUCACCUACUUGCGAGGGGCCAAUUUACCUACGAACCCAUGGGAUAAAACCAGAGCAAGCAAAGGAAAUCAAUGCGGUCAAACUGCACACAGACAUCAGCGGAGGUAAAAAAUUUCUAAUCAUGGAAAUGGAAAAUUUAAGUCUGUUGUCAGUUCUGUGAUGGAUUUACCCAAGAAAGCAGCUUCCACUCUCCUCAGGACAAUGAGUCAUCCGAUUAAAAUCUAAGCUGUUGGUAUUGCAUCUGUCCAAAGCCAGCUUCUGUGCAAGGGCCAUCAGAAUGCUCCCUCUGGAAUAACAUCAAGAUUACUUUCAAUAAAAUCAACCCCAUUGCUGUGCUAUAAUGAAGCAUGUAGAGAUUUAUUACAACUGCAUCCUCUUCACCGUGACAUACAUCUCUCUAGUUCAAGCAGAUUAUGCUCCCUAUUUCUACGACAAUGCACCAAACAGCACAAAUGGGAACAUGGCUAUGCUGAGCAUUCCUGAAGACACACCGAAAGGAUCCCAUCUAUACACUUUAAAUGGCACAGAUCUGGAGGGAAAUUCUGUUACAUAUGACAUGACAUUUGAACCAGGAUCAAAAAACUAUUUUGCAGUGGAUCCACAAACUGGAAAUGUCACUUUGAUAGAAGAGCUGGACAGAGAGAAAGAAGAUGAAAUUGAGGUCCUGGUCAGUAUUUCCGAUGGUGUGAAUAAAGUUAUUGAAAAGGUUCGAAUACUUGUUACUGAUGCCAAUGAUGAGAGGCCAGAGUUCAUUAAUACACCUUACAUCAUUAAUGUCCCUGAGAACACACCACCAGGUGCCAGUAUCUUCAAGGUACACGCAGUGGACAAAGACAAUGGAUCUGGAGGCAGCGUCACCUACUUUCUGCAGAACAUGCGCAAAAGCAAAUUCUUCAUUGACCGAUACAGCGGAACUCUUCGGAUAAAGCCAAGCACAUCUUUAGAUUUCGAGAAGUCCAGGGCUCACUUUGUCACUGUUAUAGCGAAGGAUGGUGGAGGGAAACACAGAGGAAAACAUCAGAUCUGCUCAUCAACUGCUACUGUGACAAUUAAUGUUGUGGAUGUUCAGGACACCCCUCCUGUAUUUGAUGGCAUCCCAUAUUAUGGAUAUGUGUAUGAAGACACAGAACCUGGUUUGGAAAUAUUUAGUGUGGUAGCUUACGAUGGAGACCGUGGCAACCCAAAUCCAAUCCGUUACUCAAUUGCUCAUGGAAAUGAUGGAUCCUUUGAAAUAAAUAGUACAAGUGGGGUUAUUACUCUUCUGCAACCUACAGAACUGCUUCAGAAGGAUGUUUACAAACUAUUAAUUCAGGCCUCAGAAGUUAACCCAGAUGUUGACACGCUGGUGUUUAUGACAGCCAUGGUAACAAUCCAAGUAGUGGAUCUCAACAAUCAUCGGCCCACCUUCUAUGGCAAAGAUGGACCCCAGUCACAAUUCGAGAUCACAAUGCAGGAACAUCCACCGGAGGGAGAGAUACUGCGUGGUCUGAAAAUAACAGUGAAUGACUCUGAUCAGGGGGCAAAUGCACAAUUUAGCCUCAGGUUGGUGGGCUCUGCUGGAAUAUUCCGAGUUAUUCCUCAAACCAUCCUCAGUGAAGCCCAGGUCACAAUAAUAGUGGAGAACUCAACUGCCAUUGACUACGAGAAAUUCCAAGUGUUUACUUUUAAGCUCCUUGCUGUUGAAUCAGAUACUCCAGAGCAAUUCAGUUCAACAGCAGACAUCGUCAUUCAUAUAGUGGAUACAAAUGACAAUACUCCAAAAUUCACUUCAGAGUUCUAUGUUGCUCGGAUUCCUGAAAACUCUCCUGGGGGCUCUCCUGUUAUCUGUGUAUCAGCAAAUGACCCCGACUCAGAAAUGUGGGGAGAAGUCAAGUACUCGAUACAUGGAGCAGGAGCAGAUCUAUUUCUGAUUCACCCAAGCACGGGAGUCAUCUACACUCAGCCCUGGGCCGUGCUGGAUGCUGAAGAGCAAUCGAAGUACAACUUUCACAUCAAAGCAGAUGAUGCGGAAGGGAAACACAGCUUGGCAGAGGUCUUCGUGACAGUUCUCGAUGUAAACGACCACUACCCAGAAUUUAACGAAAACAUUUUGGACAAGGUUAUGAUUAUUGGAUCACCUGUAAAAGUUGAGGCCAAAGAUGAGGAUGCAGAAGAACCGAAUAAUAUUGUAGAUUACUCGAUAAUGCAAGCAGAUCCGGCCAAUGUUUUUGACAUCAAUGAAGCCACAGGGGAGAUAGUGCUGAAGUCCUACAUCAGAUCUCUGGAGGUCAUUCACAACAUCACCAAAACCAAGGACUGCCAGUGGUCACUGAUAGUGCAAGCUAAAGACAGAGGCUCUCCCUCAUUCAGCACAACAGCAGUUGUGAGAAUCGAUAUUACAGAGGAGACUUCUGGCAAAGGGCAUUUGGCAGACUUUUUGUUGCAAUCUAAAGAUAAUCCUAUGAAAGCCCUAGGAGCGAUAGCUGGAAUAGUUUGCUUUUUUGUGGUUCUGACUGUCAUAAUUUCAACGGUCAUGUUUUGGCGGAACAAGAAGUCCAAUAGAGUUGGUCCAGUAAGGCGCAUCAUAAAGCGGCGGGCAGGCUGGAAAUUGCAGACUCGCAGAUCAAGGUGGUUCCAUGGUAAGAAGUCCAGCCAAAAAAGGGCCGGUUUCAUGACUUCUACAGCUGAUCAGCACUUGCAGAACACGAGCACAAACAAUAACCGCCCAGCACUUCCAAUGGCUUUGCCAAGUGCACCCUUGCUUCCUCCCCCACUAGCUAUGCACCCAACCAGACUCAAUAAACCCAAACGGGACCUCCCAACUGUAUCAGGAUCCAUCAGCCCGAAAGUAAAUUAUAUCCCUCAGCAAUCAAAAAGCAAGACCUCGAACAUCAACAGUGCACUGGUGUUAGAGCUUAAACAGCGUCUGGAAAGAAAAAUAAAUGAAGAUGCUUCUAAGCUGUACUUAUAA